CUGCUCGCGCUGCCUCAGGCGAGGGGAGGCGGGCAUGGCGGCGGCGGUGCUGGCCCGCGGCUGCGGCGCGCCCCGGGCGCUGGCCUUCGGGUGCCUCCGCCGGCUGCACACGGUGUACCAGACAGUGGAGCUGCCGGAGACCCACGAGAUGAUGCGUCAGACAUGCCGGGACUUCGCAGAGAAGGAGCUGAUGCCGUUUGCAGCACAGCUGGACAAGGAGCACCGCUUCCCGGCCGAGCAGGUGAAGAAGAUGGGUGGCUUAGGGCUGCUGGCUAUGGACGUGCCAGAGGAGUACAAAGGAGCUGGCCUUGACUACCUGGCCUAUUCCAUUGCUGUGGAGGAGAUCAGUAGGGGCUGUGCCUCCACUGGUGUCAUUGUCAGCGUCAAUAAUUCCCUAUAUUUAGGGCCGAUACUCAAGUUUGGCACUGAAGAACAGAAGCACAAGUGGAUCGCUCCCUUCACUGGAGGAGAGAAAAUUGGAUGUUUUGCCCUUAGUGAACCAGGGAAUGGCAGUGACGCGGGUGCGGCAUCCACGGUGGCACGUCUGGAUGGGGACGAGUGGGUUCUGAAUGGCACCAAGGCCUGGAUCACCAACGCCUGGGACGCCUCGGCCACUGUGGUGUUUGCUACUACAGACAAAUCCCUGAAGCACAAGGGCAUUAGCGCGUUCCUGGUUCCCAUGCCAACUGCUGGGCUGUCACUGGGGAAGAAAGAAGACAAGCUGGGAAUCCGCGCCUCUUCCACUGCGAACCUGAUCUUUGAAGACUGUCGGAUACCCAAGGCCAACCUACUAGGACAGCUGGGAAUGGGCUUCAAAAUUGCCAUGCAAACUCUGGAUGCAGGAAGGAUUGGGAUCGCCUCACAGGCUCUUGGCAUAGCACAGGCAGCUCUGGACUGUGCUGUGGAUUAUGCUGAAAAGAGAAUGGCUUUUGGGUCACCCAUCACAAAGCUGCAGGCAGUGCAGUUCAAGCUCGCAGAUAUGGCUGUGGCGUUGGAGGGUGCGCGCUUGCUGACCUGGAGAGCUGCGAUGCUGAAGGACAAUGGGAAGCCCUUCACAAAGGAAGCGGCAAUGGCCAAACUGGCUGCAUCAGAAGCUGCAACGGCCAUCGCUCAUCAGGCCAUCCAGAUCUUGGGUGGGAUGGGCUACGUGACAGAGAUGCCAGCAGAACGCCAUUACCGCGACGCUCGUAUCACAGAGAUCUACGAGGGGACCAGUGAGAUCCAAAGGCUGGUGAUAGCAGGUCAAUUGCUGAAGGCCUAUCGUGGCUGAAGAGGCCAACUUGAACAAGACACUGCCCCAGAGUGCCUCAUAAUAGUGCACAACAGGGAUUGAGUCUUGGCCCUCUUGACUGAGGCUCAGGAUGAAAGUUUUCCUCACCAAUGAGUAACUGACCCUCUUGUUAAAAUGUGCUGAUUCUUUGGACAACGUGUGGUGCAUGGAAGGCCAUAUCUAGGCUUGUAAGUGACAGCUGUGAGUGCAGGAGGGAGGAGGCUGCCUGGCCCUGUAGGGGAGCAUAGGUCUUUUCCUGAACUGGAGUGUUGUUUUGGCUUGGUAGCAGCAAAACGGCCUGAUUGUUCAGUAGAGUCAGCAGCUGUCCUUAUGUGCUGCUCAGCCGUGGCCUGGGAAGCAAGUUGGCAGAAAUUGGUCAUUAUGUGGUACUGGAUAACCAGUGCCAAAGUUAGAGACACUGAGAGACCUGACCCCUGUGCCUAUUCCCUGCCGUAGGCCACACUGAUCAGGCUUCAAUGAGUAUCAUGUGUGAGAGGGGCUGGUGCUGAGGUGAUGGUUGUGGCAGUGCUUUUCCCCACUUGCAGCAUGAGAGGAGCCAGACGGGAGGACACAGGUCCUACCUCUCUGCGGGCUGUGGGUGCUGCCUGUGUAUGAAAAAGCAGAUCAGUAAACCCCCUCCAUCCCGGCCAGCAGAGCCCUGCAGCCUGUUCUCUCAGCCACUUAUGGAUGGAGGGGUAAAAGCUAAGGACAGAAAAGCUGCAAUGCCCAGGACGGAUAAAAAAAACAUCAAACGGUAAAACCCCUCUGUUCCCAAAGCUGCUUUUACUGUAACAAUUACUCCCAACAGGAAAGAGAGAGUGUGAAGUACAGUAACAGCCUUUAAUCUCUGCAUGUGUUGGGCAACGAGGAGGAAAUGAAGAGAUGACACACAAAACCUCACCAGGAAGCUUUAGCAGUAGCACAUAUCCUCAAUCGGCUACCUUUGGCAAGAUAUUAACUUUUAGAAGAUUCAGCAGCCAAAAGCUCAGCUCUAAACUCAGGAAAAGAUGGAAAGGACUAAGACAACAGCCUGUGCAGCCUGCCUCCUUGUCCAAACAACGAGCACAGGAGAGGUAAAUGGUUAUUUUCCUAUGGUGCCUUUAUUUAGAUUUGUGUGGACAGAAAACCAGCAGGAUUCUAUUGCACAUAAGAGAACAGAGAAGACAAAUAAAACCCGGUUUUAAAGGA